UUUUUCGGUGUGCGGUGGGUGAGAGAGCGUGUGGUGGCUAUUUAUAAUGAACGAGGUGACCGGUGGCCGGGCGCAGGGAUAACCGAGGACGACGCGGAGACCAUGCCAGAGACGAAGCAGGAGCAGCAACAGCACCCAGCACUUUCACAUCCUGAUCAAGAUCCUGUCCACUCUACCGACAAUAGACCGGAGCGCUCGCAGAACUUCUCCUUCGCCAGCAGCUAUCCCUACGCACCAGGAAGGAUCUCCAACUCCAACUCUAUCGGCAACUCUUAUUCGAACUCCAACUCCAACUCUUUCAACGUCCAGCGCUAUCAGAGUCCCUACAAUUUCCAGCACGUGGUGACGAACGCUUUCUCGGUGCUGCGUCAUCAUCCUUCGGAGGAGCAGGAGCUGGACUCGUUCCCCAAUCGACCCCAGCAGGCCAUCGUGCGUCCCAUACGCCGCCAGGAAGUCGCCAAGGACAGCGGGAAUGAUCAUGUAGAGCCCAGCCGGGAUCCGGCACGACUGCACUUCUCCCGCAGCACCCAGGAGGUGCGCAGCUUCGCCGAUGAGCUGAGCCAGAAGCUGCGCUUUUUGGCGCCGGAGGAGAACUACGGCGGAGGCGGAGGAAGCAACUACAGCUCAAGUUCCGGAGCCUGGAUGGACUCCGCGAUGGCGCAACGGCCGCGAUUCGAGACGACGGUGCCGCAGGGCAUUUUCCUGCCCCCACCGCACGAGCUCCAAAUGAUUCCCGCCACUAUGUUGAGGAGGCAUGUCUACGCCUACUCCUCCUAUCCCAUGAUCCUGCAGAGCUACUACGGCAAGGAGCAGCCUGUAGCGGGCGAUGCCAAGGAGCACAAGGUGGCCGCCACCCGUUUGAACGGGGUGCGUGCCACGGCGGCCUUAGCUGCCGGCGCAGCUGCGGCAGCGGCCUCCAAGUCCUCCAACGACUCCCAAUCCCUCGCCGGCGGCCUACACAUCACCAAGGCGCAGUUCCAACAACAACUGCAGCAGCGUCGGGCCACCAACAACAACAGCAGUGCCGAGAAAAGACCCAUCGUGCCUCCGCCGGAGCCAUACAAAAACGUUAUGUACGACCGCCGCGUCAUAAAGGGCAGCAACUUUGGUAACUCCUCCCUGGUGACGGAUGUGGAUCCAUUCGACAAGGCCGCCGAGUUGAGGCGCCGCAAUAUGCUGCGCAAACGGACAGUGCAGUGCCGCAACCAGAGAAACGUCCUGGGCACACCUCCGCCAGUCAAGGGCCGAAAGCACGAGAACAUUCAGACGGAGAAGUACCUCGAAAAGCUAGUGCAGCGUCCGCCCGAGUUCAACGUGGACACGCAGACAGAUUUAUUCCUGGAGAAGCCGCCGACGCCGCCGUUCGUUCCCGCCAAGGUGGGUGUGGAUGCGAGCACCGAGAUCGGCGACGGCGAGCUCUUCCACUUCGAUGCCGAGGCGCAGCCCAUUAUUGAUGUCCUGGUUGAUGCGUGCAUCGAACAGAGCAUGCUGGAGGUGGCUCACGAGAUGGAGCUGUCCAGCCUGAGGCGCAAACAGGAAGAAUUCCUGGCCCAACGGGAGGCGGAGUUGGCCGAAUUGCGCCGCUUGGAGGCCGAGGAAAUGCGCCUGCAGGCCGAGAAGGAGCGCCGCCUGCGCCAAGAUGCCAUUGCCAAGGAGCUGGACGAGGAGAUGCAGAAGAGCGUGACGGCGGCCAAGUUGCUCCAGGGACACAUUGCCAGCCUGGUGCCGGAAGUACUCGAAAACAUAGAGCCAGCCAGCGAUGCCGUCAAGAAGGAGCAGCUGAUGAAGAGCAUCUGUCCUUGGCUAUCAGCCGAAGUGGCCGAGGAAGUUGGCCACAUUGUCGAUUCAAGGGAGAUCCUUACGGCCAUCAUCCAGGAGAUCAUCAAGCAGCGCGCCGAGAUCUACGCCGGCUACCGGGAUGAGUCAGAGCCGUCCAGUAGGUCCAAGGAUAUCUGCGAGGAGGAGGGCUGCAUGAUCGACGAACUUGAGGCAUGUCCUUGCGAAUCAGUGACGGAGGAGUGCCCCGAAUCGCCGCCUACGCCCCCGCAUCUGUAGGCAGCCUACCGAAUCGAUGAUUAUGUUCCAGUUUAGUUGACAAUUCGAGGCCCCUCUCAGAGGCUCUCCCCUACACGUAAACACAUCCUCACACAUCUCUCCCUGAACACCCAAACACACACACACACACAAUUAAUUGCGCGUAAUGCCGCUAUAAAAUCGCAGCAUCGAGGAUAAUGCGCCCGCAACUUUGUUUUUGUGUUUGGCGAUUUGCAGAGAGCCUCGAGUUUAUCGGCCGGCGAGCGCCAAACACAACUGCACUGCGGCGGAUUGGCAGAAAGGAUUGAAAUGGAAUGGCAUAUUGUAAACUGGAUAUUGUUAAAGGUUUUUGUGUUACCGAAAAUUCAACGAAUAAAGCUCGAGUAACCAGAUUUGAAA